AUGAACCCCACACGAGCAUUCUCUCGAGCCCUCCAGGGUCGUCGUUUGACGCAGGUUGCGUCGCGGCGCCUCAUCUCCUCGUCCUCCUGCCGCUUGACUGACCGUGCCCCUUCCACGGCUGAGGAACACCGACAAUAUCAGAAAGAGAAGCCGGCCAACCCUCAUUUGACAAACACGAACUCUACUAUCCACAAUAACAUGCCGUCGGUGGGAAAAGACAACCCUCCACCAGAUUUGAUCAGCUCGGUCGAUCCCAACGCCGUUCCCAAGGACCGGGUACCCGAAAACACCGACAGAAUGACGGGAGGAACACAACCAGGAGAUCCCACUAAAGUAAGCACGUCAGAGUUUGGCGUUGGUGAACUGGAGGGCAUCUCGUUCCGAGUCGAGCCUAUACGCCGGACUGGAGAAGACCUCGCGACCAUGAGAGCGAGGUUAUUAUACCAAAGCAGGAAGCGAGGCACACUAGAGUCGGACCUCCUACUCUCCACGUUCGCCGCGGAAAAUCUAUCCUCCAUGUCGAAGUCUCAACUUGAGCAGUACGAUCAAUUCCUUGACGAAAACGACUGGGACAUUUAUUACUGGGCCACGCAAUCCCCAGCUGGUACGCCAACGUCACUGGAGUCCGCGGAGGGCGCAAUAAAUGACAAGAAGAGCAAGACGACCCAGCCUACCUCGCCUGCGACCCCUGCACAGACACAAGAGACGGAUCCUUGGAGGCAAGGAGCUCCACGAAGUGGGGAGUGGGCGCAAACGGUUGGGACGUUUAAGCCUGCUUACAGACCAGUUCCUCAGCGGUGGAAAGACAGCGAAGUGCUGGACAUGCUACGGAAGCAUGUGAGGGAGCGGAGUGCUGGUGGCGUCUUGGAAGAUGUCGAGGCUACUCCAAAAAGUAAAGGCAGUGGCUUGGGAAGGAUGCCUGAUGUUCAAAUGUUUGAUUGA